AUGGGUCCUCUGGUCAAAAACGCUGCGAGAAGAGCUCGCUCUGUACCGGUCCGUAUCAGGUACCUGUUCCUCCUGGCCACGGUCUGCGGAGGCAGCUUCUUUAUAUUCUGCAUCAGCAGCAAUACCCUCUUUUUCUUCAACAACGAGUUAUCCCCGUCGACACACGGUACGCAGCAACGUAACACCGACGACCCUAGCGACUCCUUUACAAUAAAAACCAUAGGCUGUACCAUCCCUAGACUUGAUCCUUACCAUAAGAGUAUAAAAGAUUUUAUAAAACGACCACCUGAAGUUAUUUGUCCAAGAUCGAAAAACUAUCUUCUUAGUAAUAACGACACUCAUAUAUGGAUAGAAAUGGACAACAUGCAACAUUACGAUAUAAGCAAUGAAUCAAACUUUUCGUGUUGCUACAGAUCAUUUUAUCGGCCCUUGGCAAUAACUGACGUGACCGCCAAAAACGCUGAUGACAGAGUACGAUACAACCCGUGUGUUUACUUCUUCUCGUACAUCGAAGUUAUGCACGAAUUUGUUAGGGUGACGUGUGGUAAUGGAGUCAAAACUGUCUACGAUCAAUUUUUUCUAUUUGCGCCAUUAAAAAAAAUUUCCUCACAAAAAGAUUACUUGAAUAUUGAUACACCCCGGAAAAUAAAUAACACUUUGAACGUAAUAGUUAUGGGUAUCGAUGCAAUUUCUAGGUUAAAUUUUCAGAGGACUAUGCCCAGGACCUUUGAAUAUCUAAGGAAAAAAGGUGCCAUAGAAUUGUUAGGAUACAACAAAGUGGGUGAUAAUACCUUUCCCAAUUUAGCACCUAUGUUACUUGGAUUGAGAGAAACGGAGCUGAAAAAAACGUGUUGGCCGAAUUUGAAAUCCAGAUUUGAUAAUUGUCCUUUCAUUUGGGAAUGGUACAAAGAAGCUGGUUACUUGACCGCUCUCGGCGAAGAUAGUGGACAGUUAGGAACAUUUAACUACGGCAGAUUCGGGUUUUUAAGCACUCCUACGGAUUAUUACAUACGGACGUUUAUUCGUGAAGCUGAACUUCGUGUCGGAAAUACAAAAGAUUAUAAUUCGUUUGUUUGUAUGGGCAAUAAACUUUUCUACGAAGUUCUUUUAGACUACAUUCAAUUAUUAACAACAACAUUGAAAUCUUCAAGACUGUUUGGAUUUUUCUGGGAAGUAACAUUUAGCCAUGACUUCCUGAAUUAUCCAAUGUUGAUGGAUAAGAAUUACGAAGCAUUAUUACAUCAUCUUGACAAAACUAAAUAUCUGGAUGAAACAGUGUUGAUAUUGUUAAGUGAUCACGGAAUGAGAUGGGGUGAGAUUCGGAAUACUAAGCAAGGCCGUUUGGAGGAACGCUUGCCCUUCGUCCACAUAUUAGUACCACCAUCGUUUCAACAGAACUAUAGUCUUGCGUACAAUAAUCUAAAAACCAAUAGUCGACGUCUCUCAACUCCAUUCGACAUACAUGCAACUCUAUCGGAUUUAUUAUAUCUUGACGGUUUAAGAGAUGAUAAUAUUAAAUCGAGAAGUAGAACUGCUUACGCCAACGACAGAAGCAUAAGUUUGUUUUUACCCUUGCCCAGUAACAGGACCUGCAAAAUGGCGGAUGUUGAUGACCAUUGGUGUACUUGUCAUAAUUAUACUGUGAAGCUGACAACUGACAGCCCUGAAGUUCAAGAAGCUGCUGUGAAUCUUGUGAGGAAGAUAAACUCUAUGACAGCAGAUUACCUGCAAUGCGCUCGUCUUAUUCUCGCUGAUAUUUUAGAUGCUUCUGAGAUAGUAGGGAGGACCCAACAGGACGAGGAAGGAUGGAGAGAGAUAGUACUGCUGAUAAGGACGACCCCGGGAGACGGACUGUUCGAAGCAACUCUUCGUCGCGAAGCUGAAAAAUGGGUAGUUGCUGGCGGUGUCAGUCGACUUAAUCUCUACGGAGAUCAAAGCCAUUGUGUACAUAAUUAUUUACUCAAAUUAUAUUGUUACUGUAAAUAA